AGACCCCCGCAGCGUCCUUCAAAUGAUGAACACGCAAUGAUCAGUUGCAUGCAUUACCAAAAUCCGGGGAUAUCUUUGAAAUGGUCUUUUUCUCUGAUCGCAGUUCAAUAUCUUUGAAAGAAACAAUAUCCUAAGAUGAUGCUGACAGCUUUUUGAAUGAAGAGACUGGAAUAUGUGUACAAUAACCCACGAAUGUAUUGUAGACAAAGAAAAUUAGCGAAAUUGCUGCCUGGAAAUUUCCAUAUGCUAAAAUUAAAUAGUGAACAUAGCCAGAAGAUCGUGAGGAAUUCAACGCUAGAAUGAAUCUGCUUGGGCAUAUUUUCUUGUAUUCAGUCAAAGUUUAGCUUCGGUUAGGUGAAGAAAGUAACUCGGUAUGUCAUCAAUUGUGACAAGUAUUCUUAGUUCAACAGUUGGUUUAUUAUGGAAUAAGGUCAGAGACUCGACGGCAGACAAACUCAAAGACGGCGAUGUAGCCGAUGCUGAAAUUCGCAAGAUUGUCGUAGCAGAUUUAGACGAUAUCACGUCUAACAUCGAUGGCAUUUCUACACCAACUUUACUCGCCAGUUAUGAUUUCCUUCGGGAAGGAAUAGAUUUACUCAAUGUCUCUCUUGAUGAAUCAAAUCCCGAGCAGAAAGCGAGCGGAACUCAGGACAAAUCGGAUGAACCUUCUAGCGAUAUUCCGUCUGUUUAUUUCAACCAAGCAGUGAAGCUCACCCGCGCUAUGGAAAAGCUCAAAAUAAACUCUGGCGAAGAGUUUAAAACUGCAAAAAAAAGAUUCGAGGUAGCGCGCAUGACCGCAACUACUGCUUUCAGGAAUGAGGCAUUUAGUAUCGAAGAUCGAAUUUUUGCCGCGAAGCUACAAAUAGUUUCAGAAAUACUGGAGCACCUCGAUAGUCCUGAGACCGCAAUCACUGGGUGUUUGUCGUUUUUGAAGACGCUGCAUAGCUUACCAGCCAUUCAAGAGGUAUUCACGGUGUAUUUAAACGGUGGAGUGAAAUCAUUGUUUAAUAAAGUUAAACGAGUGGAGAACGUCAAGUCGGUUAUGUUAAUCAACUAUGUGUUAUUUCAAUAUGUUUGGAAAUUUAGCAGCAGGCAUUUGUUUGAAGUGUCCGCUUGCAUGCCAACGAUUGAACUUUCUACUAGUAGUUUUUACCCAAUAAUAAAUUGGUAUGAAAUUUCAACGAGAAAGUCUAUGGGAGAAGAAUUGCCCACCUUAAAUUAUUAUCCUCCAAACACAAAAUUUCUUGAUGAGAAAAUAGAACCGUACAAAUCUGCUGUGAACAGUCAGGGGGAUGUUCUUACUCUCUCUUUGUGUGAUGACAACAUCAUCUUUAUCCUUAAGACAGGAAAACUUACCCGGGUCGAAGUACCUGAAUUUGGACGUUAUUUUCCACUAGCGCUUGCUGUUGAUAUCAAUGACAAUGUUUACGUGGUGAGCAUGUUCUUAAAUGGCGGAUUCCUGUUGACAAUAUUGGACGAGAAUUUCAAUGUAAAAGCAGAAAACAGAUUGGAUUCUUUCCAGACGGAAGAUGCGUCUCGGAAAGUUAGGAUCGCAAUAUGCGAAAACAACGAUAUUAUCCUCCAGGAGCCCGGUUUUUUCUAUGUUUUUGACAAGACGGGUCAAUUUAAGUACAACUUUAAACAUGAACUCAGUUUGGGAUUUUCAUUGAGUAUUUCCCAGCAGAAUGAAAUCAUGAUACCAACACGCGAUCAUACGGCGGUUGAGAUAUACACCAAGGAAGGAAGUCUGAAGAGAACAAUAAAAGUACCAGACGAUCACGAGGUAUUGAGCGUGGCAUUUCACUACGUUGUUUGUAAAAUAUUGGUUUUAACCAUGGUAAGGAAAUCUAAUUUUUGUUUCAUUCUGCGCUACCCUGAAGCAGGCGAGGAGCUGAAGAUCCUUUCGCUUUUUGACAGUGGUAAGCAUGAAAGGUAUUCCCGAUUAUUAUCCCAUCCAAAUGGUUCAGUUGUUGUUGUAAGAGAAGAAAGCAUUACUUACCUUUAAUGGUCUAUUAUAUGAAGAAUGAUAAGGAUUUUGUACAAAAAUUUGUAUGGAAAACAGUACAAAAUACUUGUCUGAAGCAGUACAUAAGCGAGAAUUAGUAUUUUUAGGAAAGUUGUUGUUUUAUCGUGGGCGUUUUUUAAUAACAUUUAGAAAUAGUGUAUAACUAUUGCUCCAUGUUUAUGAUAUACAAUAAUAUACCAUUUAGGGCUUAGCAGCGUAAUGAUUUGUAAUAGAUUGAUUGUAUUAUGAAUAUAAUACAGAUAAUCAAGUUUCAG